AUGUGGCUCGAUCGACUGGCCGGAGGCCCGGCCACCAGUCCCGGACCCUCCACGCCUCAACCUGGCGGCAGACCUUAUCCCAAGAGAACAUCGAGUACUCUGAGUCCAUAUGUCACAUCUCAGCGCCCUGGAGUAUCUCCUCGCGGCUCAUCGCUCUCCUUGGUUUCCAACGAUUCAUCUUCAUCACUCCUAUCUUCAGCGCGAAGGCCGAACGGGUCUGGUCUAAGGCAGGCCUCGACAAUCGAAACAGGACCCGACUCUCUCGAGGUGUUGGAAACAUUGUUGGCAGGGUUUUCUGAUGCUAGCGAUCAGCCUGAGAAGAAGACUACUAUAUACCAGGACGAUCUCGACUUCGAAGCUGAUUUUGGAGGAUUGUCGUUGAAGGAGCUGGCUACAUCCCAACCCCCUGAUACAACCAUCUCUGACAAUCGCAAACCAAAAACGACAGAAGAGAGCGAAAAUGAUAGAGCCAAACUCGAAGACCUUCAUCGAUCGAUAGAAGCAUGCGACGACGUUCUUAAUUCGGUUGAGCUCAACCUUGCCAACUUUCGCAAUGACCUCGCCAUGGUAUCCGCAGACAUUGAGUCUUUACAAAACCGAUCUUCAGCAUUGAACAAACGAUUGGAGAACCGAAAGCAGGUGGAGAAGGCACUGGGACCGUUAGUAGAGGAGUUGAGCUUACCCCCUGAAGUCAUCUCCAAGAUCUCUGAGGGCCACAUAGACGAGUCAUGGGCCAAGAUGCUUGCCGAACUUGAUCGCAGGUCGAACAUGUUCAAGAAGAAGUCCGAAACCGAAACCUGUAAUGCUGCAAAGGAUCUCGAACCGAUUCUGGAGAAGCUUACUAUGAAGGCAAUUGAACGCAUUCGGGACUUCAUCGUAGCUCAAAUCAAAGCGCUAAGGUCACCGCAUAUUAACGCACAAAUUAUUCAACAACAGAACUUCCUUCGUUUCAAGGAACUGUUUACUUUCUUACAUAAACAGCAUGCACAACUUGCCAAUGAGAUCGCCCUAGCAUAUAUGAACACUAUGCGAUGGUAUUACUUGAAUCAGUUUUCCCGGUAUGAGCGGGCUCUGGCCAAGAUCAAACUACACAUACUUGACAAGAAUGAUGCUCUCGGGCACGAGGACACGACUCGGAAAGCCACUGUCCUUUCAAGUAAUCGAGCACCGGGACCUCCUCACGAUGCCUUUAACCUAGGGAGGCGCAUUGAUCUUCUGAAGACAAAUAAUCAGACAGCCAUUUCAUCCUACCUGGCCGAGGAGGACCAAACAACACACUAUUUGGAAGUUCCUUUCCGCAAUUUCAACCUUGCGCUCAUUGACAAUGCCACCGCCGAAUACACUUUCAUGGCCACCUUUUUCUCACCCGCCCUGUCUUUUAGUCAGAUCUCAAAGAACUUUAACUACAUCUUCGAGCCCACUUUCGAGCUUGGCCGGACACUAUCAAAGGCUCUCAUAGGAGAGACUUAUGAUGCUCUAGGUUUACUCCUCUGCAUUCGCCUGAAUCAGCAUUUUGCCUUUGAGCUUCAGCGCCGCAAAGUUCCAGCCGUCGACGGUUACAUCAACGCCACGACUAUGCUACUCUGGCCCCGUCUUCAGGUUAUCAUGGACCGUCAUUGCGAGUCGGUCCGUCAAUUGAUUAAUGCUAUUCCUGCCAAACCAAGCCGCGCAGAAGCUGCGAAGCUUUCGGCAGCACCUCACGUUGUAACGCAACGCUUCGGGCAACUCUUGCACGGCUUUUUGGCUCUCAGCACUGAUGCUGGUGACGACGAGCCCGUUGUGUCCAGUCUACGCCGAUUACGUUCUGACGUAGAGACUUUUCUCACUCGGCAUGCCGAACUAUUCGGCGAUAAGCGCAAGAGCGGGCGCUUCUUAUACAACAACUACUCGCUUGUCCUCACUAUCAUCAGUGAUGCGAGCGGCAAGCUGGCUGACGAGCAGCAGGAACACUUUGAGGAGUUGAAGACUCAGCACCAAGAAGCAUCGUAG